CUCACACCACGAGUGUCACCGUCAUUCGCACGUAGUCUUAGUACUGCUAAGGCCAGAGACACGAACUAUACGCUUAGUAGAUCGCGCUUUCGCACUGGAAUCAUCAGGUUUAAUUCCAGAGUUAUAAAACAUCCACCUUACGCCAAGCUGGCUUCCGUUCGCGGCCCGCGAUCACAAACCGGUUUUGCCCCCGUCAAGUGUGAGAAAUUCGGGCUAUAAUGAGCACCGUAAACAACGUUCAGCUUUUGUGCAUCGCUGAUCCACAGCGUGCACUGGCGGCCAGUCUGGUCGAGGGAAACAUAAAACACUUUCAGUACGCUUUGAGCUGUGGCGCCGAUCCGAAUGUGCGGGACGAACGCACGGGUUUUACGGUAUUCGAACUAGCUUGCCAGAGAAGCGGUAGCGCCGAGUUUAUUCAGGAAUGCCUCGACAACGGCGCGGAUGAGCAAGCGCAACAUGAGAGUGGCCAGUAUCCCAUCCACUUUGCCGUAUCAUCACUAGAUCCGAACAACGUUCGAGCCCUGUUGAAACAUUCCGCCAAAACUGUCGAUGUGCUUUAUCAAAAUCGAACGGCUCUGCAUCUGAUCUUCGAGGUGAUCGACAAAAGCAAUUGGAGCGACGCCUUCGAGUGUGUUAAAGUUCUGCUGAAGAACGGCGCAGACAUCAAUAUUCCCAAUGGGGAUAACCGCACACCCCUAGGUGUGUUUGUAAAGAACUGUAAAACGUGGAAAGCCAAUUCAGAGUACUGGCGGAAAGACAUACUUGAGUACUGCCUGAAUCAGACCAACGUGGACGUCGACACCUUCAGGAAGGGGGAGUUGAGGAAGAAGAUCGGGGACUUCUUCCCGGGCACCAAGAUACCAUCCUACGUCAUGGAGACGAAUUUGAACGUGCUAAUAUCUCUGCUGAAGUCGCACAAGGACGCAAAGUUCGACAUCGCGUAUAGACAGUACAAGGAAAAGACUCAACAGGACUCAUCCGCAUGGAAGAAAGAUAAAACACAACUGGUGCAAGCUGCCGUCCAUGCUGGGUCCCUAGCGUCGGUAAAGAAAUUGUGUGAAGACGAUUACGCUUUCGACGCCGAUUCGGGACUUGCAGAUCUCCUAGCCAGAUGUUGUAGUUACGGAAACCACGAUAUUCUAGAGUAUUUGCUGAGCCUAGUUGGACACACGGAGAAGGAUCUCAAACAGAUCAACGCACAUCCGCUGCUGUCGCUGGUCAUCAAAGAGAUUAACACCCUCAAAAAUAAGGACAAAUGUCCGUUUUUCAAAUGCCUCAAAUGUUUACUAGCCGAUGGGCGCAUCGAAAUCGACAAAACAGACGACAAAGACUUCAGCGCGCUCCACUAUGCCGUAAAGUAUAAGGUAGAUGAUGCAGUAGAUUUGCUGCUGAAAAGUUCCGCCUACAUUGGCAAGCAGAACAUGUUCAAGGAGCUGCCCAUUUGUGAAAUGAGUCCGGAAAUGCUGGAAAGCUACCUUGACUCGUGCCUCACAGCCAACGACAAGCGACCGGGAGACGAUGAUUAUGAAAUCAAUGUCGAUUACUCCUGUUUGGUUCCACCGGAAUACAAAUCUAAUUACACCGGUGAUAGAACAGUGGCGGUCAGCAAUUUUGCCGACGAAAUGCUGCCGAUUGUGUACAUGUCCAAAUCGUCAGAUCUGAAACAUCUAUUGAAGCAUCCAGUGAUUUCCAGUUUUGUGUUGAUAAAGUGGUUAAGACUUAGCUUAUACUUUUACAUUAACUUCGUAAUAUGCACAUGCUUCUUCCUGUGUUUCACGUGGUACGUGGUGGGAUGUUACGGACAGGAUAACGUCGAUCAGUUCCUGAAAGAAUCUCUGAGAAUGCUGUCGUUGUUGGGUGCGACAUAUAUGGCGCUGAGAGAACUCGGUCAGAUGAUGCUACACGCAAAGAUGUAUUUCAAGUCGUUGGAAAACUGGAUGGAGCUGGUAUUGAUCGUGGCAUCAUUCACGGUUCUCGUCAAGGAAUUCCAACACGAGAUCCGGCAAGUCAUUUCAGCAGUGGUAAUUCUGCUGUCAGCCUUCGAAUUUACCCUGCUGGUUGGAUCGCUUCCAGUGCUCUCUAUAUCCACGCACAUGGUGAUGCUCAAAACGGUGUCGAAAAAUUUCCUCAAGAGUUUGAUACUGUACUCCAUUGUUCUGGUUUCCUUCGCAUUUUGCUUCUACACAUUGUUCAACGUGGGAAGCGCGAAAAGUAAUGCAGCUGGGGCAGACGGCGAUGCCGAUGGAAAUGAAGACAAGUUCAACAAAUUCGCCGAUAUCAGAACGUCACUGCUCAAAACGGUUGUAAUGUUAACAGGAGAAUUCGAAGCUGCCAACAUACAAUUUGACGCCAACAGUACGAGCUAUCUCAUUUUCGUCCUGUUCAUAUUCUUCGUGGCCAUCGUGAUCUUCAAUCUGAUGAACGGUCUGGCUGUUAGCGACACUGCGGCAAUCAAAGCUGAGGCGGAACUGAUUGGACUGUCGCAAAAAGUUGAAGUCAUUUCCAAGUAUGAGAACGCCUUGAAAAUGACCGGAAUCAACGGUUUUCUCACCCAAUCCAUAUUCAAGCUGUUUCCGUCGACAUUCCUGCAGCUGUUCCCGGAGUACCUACCGAUGCACUACGUCAUAGUGACGCCCAACCAGUCGAAUAGCAUUUUCAUACCGCGACCGUUCCACAACGGUGACGCGACAUCCCGAAUCGACGUCGAAAGUCACAUCGAGCUGCUCCCUCUGAACAAACAUCCGGAGGAGAAGAUCCGCCUGACGAUCGGAUGCUGCGUGCUGCCCUCGUUUUCCCGGAUGGAUGGGAAAAUCAUGAAGUACGCCAAGGAGAUUUUGCAUUCGCGCAACAGGAAGAGCCAGACGGUGGAUAGGAUACAACCCUUGGAGGCGCGAUUGAGCAAGAUUGAACGGGACCUCGAGCGGAUUCUACAAUAUCUGAGCCACUCUCAAACUGUGAACUAAGCUGUGUUUUGACGUGCUUUGUAGAAUUAAGAAAAUAGUUUAUUUAUCUGUUGACAAGAUUUCAUGAUUUAAUCGCGCAUUUUAAAACAGUUCCAGUAAUACAUUUAUUUAAUUGAUA